UAUCAGGAAAAAUGCAGACACCCUUGUUACUCUGUCAGAGGAAGAUGUUAGCGCAGUAGAAGAUGCGGUAGAUGUUCUUCGACCAUUGAAGACAAUAACAACAAUCCUCUGUUCAGAGAAAGUGCCCACAGUUUCCUUGAUUCUACUAUUAAAGGAGCUUAUUCUGAAAUCCAUGUCUGUCACUGAAAGUGAUUCUGGCCUUGUCAAGUCUGUGAAGUCGGCAAUUGUCAAAGAUCUGAAGACCAGAUAUACUGACCCUGACAUCAACAAAUUUCUACAGGAAGCAACUGCCCUUGACCCCAGGUUUCGAUCACUACCCUACCACAAUGAAGCCAACCGGCUUCUUGUAUUCAGUGCCCUGACCAUGAAUGCGAUCAAGAUGGCAGAAGCAAACAAGGAUGAAGUGGCUCCAGUGAGAGUGAAGGAGGAACCGAGUCAUCCCACAGAUGAAGCGAUAGCACAGCCCCCCCAACCUGUAUUGCCUCAAACCCACAGUCAGCCCCCUGAGUGUCAUGACACUGAGACUGGUGGGACACAGACUUGCACUUCAGACUCUGUUUCUGACUCUGAGACACCAGGCCCAUCACAACCUAAGAAAACCAAAAGUGCAAUUGAGGAGACAUUUGGGGAGGUGUUCAUUACACAUGUGCAAGAGGCAAAGCCACAUUCUGCUUCCAUUGAGGAAGAGGUGCAGAAAUACAAGCUUGAGGAAUGUAUUCCAUUAACUGAAAACCCCCAUACUUUGGUGGAAGAUGAACGCAGUCAGAUUCCCAGCCCUUGCCCGUCUUGUGAAGCAGUGUGUGCUACUUCAGUCCCCAGCGAGAGAGUAUUUUCCACAGCUGGGGAUAUUGUCACUGCUCAAGGUGCUUCACUUUCAGCUGAAAAUGUUGAUAUUCUGAUUUUCCUAAAAAAAAAUAUGAAACUGUAA